UAUAAAGAAAAGUGGAGCAGGCAACUUGAGGAUUUGAAGAGUUACCUAAAUGUGAAGUGACAGGAGAGAGCUCUCGGCUCUUUGUGGGACGCAAGCAAACUGAGCGCCCAGCCCGCCUUAAUUAACAGAUCCAUGCUUUUCCGUCAUAAUGAAAAACCUGGAGUGUGUUCCAGAGAGGGACGCGCGAGGUAACAGUAACAGGGAAGUAGCCUAAUGAGUGUAGCCUAUAUGGGUUACCACUAACUUCACCAGAUAGUAGUUAAUUUAACCCCAAGUAUAAAGAGGAUUAUAAUUACUAAUAUUAAUUAUCAUAAUAAAAAGACUAGUUCAGUCUGCAAGGCCACCCUAUAGCCUGUUAAUACAAGGAAAAUAUAGAAAAUAAAAGCCCUUCCCCCCUUGUUAUCUUUGAAAUCGUUGCUAUUAAUAAAAUAACGAAACUGUAAAAACUAUAUGGUCCCUAAUCCAUGUUGUGUCGUUUAUUUUGGUUGGGAAUGCACACUGGCCUCUCCCUGUAGUCUGGCAGGUUGAAACCACGCCUUGCGCUUUGUAAUUGGUCCGGACAAUGAAUGUCUGUGCAGAAAUUUAGCCCAUUAGCCUAACAUGUGCGUGGGAGGGCAGACGUGUGACCAUGUGUAAACAUCAGCCCGCUGUCCUCACUUAUCUGUGCCACUGCCGCUUUUGUCGAGCUUUACGCACGGCCCCACAGUGCGCCUCACCCUCCAUCUUUGCAUUUGCUCCAGUGCCUGAAGAAGUUCUCAUCCAUUCUUAUGGUUUCCUCGUCAUGCUACAAAACUCAAAACCUUGAAAAAGUUUUGCACUAUUUUGGAUACAAGCUCGCGUGCGCUUUACACCAGCAAGUGGGAGUCUUUCUACCAUCGACCUGUCAGUUCGGAUGCCCCGAUGAGAGAUCCAGUUGACACAGCGGCUGCCAUGGCUCAUCAUCCUUUCCAAGCUCACCGGCCAGGUGCUUUGCCCCUGUCAGCCUACUUCACAGCCACUCAGCAGCCGCUUUUCCCCGCCAUGACUUUCCCUAAUGUCGCUUCUCUGUCCGAGCCUCUGCAAGAGCAGGCUCCGUGUGACGCGGGGCUGCACGCGGCUUUGGGACGACCACGUCAGCCGUCAGUCCACCCGCGGUCCUUAAAGAGUCUGCAGUCUGAGGAAGGGCAGGAGGAUGAUCCGAAAGUCACACUGGAAUCACAGGGUUUAUGGAAUGAAUUUCAUAAAAGAGGGACCGAAAUGGUUAUUACAAAAUCCGGAAGGAGAAUGUUUCCGCCUUUCAAAGUGCGUGUGGAUGGCCUGGAUGAAACAGCAAAGUACAUUCUGCUGAUGGACAUAGUGGCCGUGGAUGACUGUCGCUACAAGUUUCACAACUCUCGCUGGAUGGUGGCAGGAAAAGCUGACCCGGAGAUGCCAAAGCGUAUGUACAUCCACCCAGACAGUCCAUCCAAAGGGGAGCAGUGGAUGAGCAAGCCCGUGGCUUUUCAUAAACUCAAACUCACCAAUAACAUUUCAGACAAACAUGGAUUUACAAUUUUGAAUUCAAUGCAUAAAUACCAACCCAGAUUUCAUAUUGUAAGAGCCAACGACAUCAUGAAGCUUCCGUACAGCACCUUUCGGACUUACGUUUUCCCGGAGACAGAGUUCAUUGCUGUCACUGCUUAUCAGAAUGAAAAGAUCACACAACUUAAAAUCGACAACAACCCUUUUGCCAAAGGUUUCAGAGACACUGGAAAUGGGAGACGAGAAAAGAGGAGUAAGCAGUUCACCAUUUAUCCUCUACCCGAGAACCAAAGCAAAGCAGACCACGACUAUGCCGAUUCUGACGACUCAUGUGAGCAACCCAGUACCAGGGAAACGUUUCAUUCCCCUCGAGGGGUGGUGAGAAGCCCCCUGAGGUCCACACCGACACACCAAGAUGAGAACAAUACUGGAAGCGACUCAGAUAAUGACAAUCGAAAUGAGAACGACGCUGAAGCCGGCUGUUCCCGAACUAAUCGUGUGUCUUCUUUGAGUCAGAAGAGUGAGGAAACACAGAGAACCAAACCUCCUCUCAGUAAAAGCCACAGCAGUGAGGACGCAGUAAGAGAGAGAACCAUUUUCCGAACAUCAGACGACUUAUCCUUCAAGGAAUCUGACUCUUCAAAAAAGCACACGAGUGAUAUCAAAGAUGGAGCCCAGCCUAUGAUGCCUCAGAACUCGGCGUCCCUUGGUGCUGCACAACACCAGACUUUGGAUUUCUCAAAUGUGCACAGGCAACAGUUUCUGAAGCUUGGGGCACCUUUGCUGCUUCAUCCUGGACAGCUGGCGAUGAAGCCAGAGGCUUUUUCGAACGCAGGGAUGGGACAUUUGUUUUCUUCUUUGCCUGGAGUAAAUAACGCGGAGAGUGGGGGGCUCUCUUCUCGGAGCAUUGCUUCGGCAUCUCCCUUCAUGUUUCACCUGUCACAGCACAUGCUGGCCUCUCAGGGAAUCCCACUAUCACCAUUCGGAGGAUUGCUCUCCUAUCCAUACCGCUACAUGGCAGCGCCCACUGCCAUCGCUCCGGCUCUCCCCACCUGCUCUGCAGCUUCCACACCAGCCAGAAACCACUGCUUCCGCAGCCACCAACCCUGGUUGAGAUUCAGCCCUUAUCAGAUCCCCACCUCUGUUACCUCAAGCCAAAACCUGCUUUCAACCGUGUCACCUGCGAGAUCAAGCUCCCAGUCUGAGCUGACCAAAUCCGGAAGCAGGGAGUCCAGUCCCGUGUCUGACAAUCCCAGUCACAGAAACAAGGCCAAGCUGAAGACAGCUGCAAUGAGAGCUGUCGUUAAGGAGUCAGUUAAGGAACUGCAGAACCUACAGGAUGCAGCUAGAGAACUUGGUAAAUCACUUCCUUCACAAUAGACUCUCGUACAUGUUGUGUUUCACCCUGCACAUAGAGGAUUGUGGGUGGUUGACACAAACGAGUUGCACAUUAGAAUCACUUUAAGUACAUAUUGUGUCAGGAACUGCAUGUAUUGCUGCUGUUUAUUUUUUCUUUGUCAACAAUCCACACUGCUAUUUAGGGACUUAGAUACUUUUGUUAUCACAUGGUUUUAUUAUAUUUACUAUAUAUCACUGAGUAAAUAAAGUUACUUAAAUAGUUCUUUAAUAGUCACCUAUAAACAUCACUUGAACCAAAGUAAUGUUUAAAACACAACAUCAAGGGUCUUUUGAAAAUCAAGUUCUAGACAUUUUUUUACUUGUACAAUUAAAAAAGAUGAUAAGUGGAAUUCCUUUGGGAAAAAUAAGCUAUCUAAAAUGUGAUAGCCCCAAGUAGAGUGCUCUGACAGAUGCAUUCUGUGCUAUAAGUACUCCACACACACACAUUAAUUUGGAUCUAUAUGUGAAUUGAUUUUGUUCCUCUAAUUUCAGUUUUUCUAUAAACACAACAAACAAAAGCUUUUCGAGACUGAAUUCCAUUUUAAUCCUGCCAAAGAGAAAUGGGAAAUUAUGCACCACCUUGUCGUAGUUUCACUUUCUGUUCAUGUACCAAAGCUGCUUCCCAGACUUAAAGGGAAAACUCAGGAUAUGUAAAGAUUUUUUUUUCUUACAAGAGCACUUUAAUAAAAAAAGUCUUCAAGUAAUCUGGCAGGUUGUCAGAAAAGCUAUUCAGGUAAAUGUUUUUUUGUGAUUUGAUUUAUUUUUUCACAAGUCAAAUAAAGAUAUUGUUCACA